AUGUUGGAUAAUGAUGAAUUUAGUUAUUUGUUCAAAAUUAUAUUGAUAGGUGAUUCAGGAGUGGGAAAGACUAAUUUAUUCAAUAGAUUGUAAUAUAAGGAUUUUUAAUAUGAUACUCGACCAACUAUAGGAGUAGAAUUCUUAAAUAGGACAGUUAGAGAGGAUGGUAAUUUGAUAAAGUGUUAGAUAUGGGAUACAGUUAAAGCAGGAUAAGAAAAAUUUAGAGCAAUAACUAGUGCUUAUUAUAGAGGAGCAAAGGGAGUGUUUGUUUGUUAUGAUGUUACAAAAUAAGGAACAUUUGAAUCAACAUUAAGAUGGAUGAGUGAAAUAAAGUAAUAUGGAGAUUCUAAUAUUGUGAUAAUGUUGGUAGGAAAUAAAAUAGAUUUGGCAGAUUAGAGAAUCGUAAGGACUGAUGAAGUCUCCUAAUUCUGUGAUUAAAAUAAGGUAGGAUACGUAGAAACCUCUGCACUGAAUAAUGUUAAUGUGGAGCUAGCAUUCAAUUAGAUGGUUACAGAAAUAUAUAAAAUUGUCUAAGGAUAGAAACCAAUAAGUUAAACUAAAUUAGGAAUCAAUGAUGUUUAUGUGCUAAAGAAAGAAACACAGCCAGAUUCAUCUAAGAAGAAAAUGCAAUGUUGCUGA